GUGAGAUUAGAUCUUCCGCGAGCCAUCUUGGAACGCGUGUCCGUCGCGUUGAAUGUGCGGGUGCUCCGUCUCCUCCAUGUCCUCUCCGCGGCCUUGUUGUCCUCCCUUCACUCGCGUGGCGGCCUUCGUCUACACCCAACUCCCUCGGUCUUUCCUUCUUAUACACCGUCAUUGCACCUCCUUCUCUUCACACUAUCACUAUGUCUGACACGGCCUCACAGACUACGACCGCUGCAGCAGGCUCUGCGGCGGCGACCCUCUCCUCCGUAGAUGCCUCCUCUGCGAGCAGCGGUAGUGCCGACUUGCUGCCCAACAAUCUCUACUUCCUCGCGGACGUCCUGCUCUUAUGUGUCGCCGCCCUCUUCUUCCUCCUCGCUCUCCCCCGGGCCGUGACCCGUCUCCUCCGCCUCUCCGCAUGGUCCGAAGGUGUCUUCCUCCGCUCUGGCUCACAACGAGGGCGCAUACAACGUACUGGUUCUCUCUCGCCGAAGGAAGGCGAAGUGUACGAUUACUCCGAGCAGAGUUACGCCGCCCGGCGGUUCUCCUCGCGGCGGCGCGCCAACCUCACGAGAGACCAGCCCACAGCGAGCCCUACAACUGGUACGAACGAUCGAGACUCUGACGGCAGCCAUUCCACCAACCGUGCGCGUCGACGUCCUCCCGCACAUAUGCCCGCAUGGUCGUCCAUCUUCCCUGGAGUCAGCGCAUGGUUGGGCGCCACCCUCCGCCCGGGCUAUUCGGUCGGCAAAGCACUGCUCCUACUGGGAUAUUCAGUGUUGAUAUUGUUCAUUGGGCUGGAGGGGGGGAGUCCAUUUGUGCAAUAUGUACCCGCGGGGUGGGUAGGCGUCAGCCAGUUGCCGGUGGCGUUCAUCCUGGGCACGAAGAACAAUCUGUUGGGAGUGUUUCUGGGCAAGGGUUACGAGAAGCUCAACUACUUGCAUCGGUAUGUCGGACGCUUCGUAUUCAUCGCCAUCAACGUACACUCUCUCGGAUUUCUGUAUAAAUGGAGCAUUGAAGGCACGCUGUCCCAGAACCUUACGCCCAACAUCAUCUGGGGGUUCGUGGCACUGGUCGCCGUCGACAUCUUGUACUUCCUGUCCCUCCAAAUACUCCGCGAACUGCUCUAUCCGGUCUUCUACUUCUCGCACGUUCUCGCAGCCAUUAUCCUCCUGCCUGCUACCAUUUUGCACGAGAGCAGCACCACAUCCUACGUCGUCACGGCGCUCGCGCUCUACCUCUUCGACCGGCUCCUCCGGCUUGCCCAAACGCGCCUCACGUACGCGCAGCUCCGCGUGCUCCCCGCGCUCAGCACCGUCCGGCUCGUCAUCCCGACGCUCAACGCGGGCUGGCGCGCGGGCCAGCACGUGCGCGUGAAGGUGCUCACGACGGGCAUGGGUUGGUGGGGCUGGGCGGAGAGCCACCCGUUCACGAUCGCGUCGUGCGCGGAGGGCGUCGCGGGCGAGGGCGAGGGCCUCGUGCUGCUGUGUAAGAACGUGGGAAAGUGGGGGGAGAGGCUGAUGGUGAUGGCGAGGAGGGCGGAGUACUGUGAGGCGGGUGGUGGAAUCCCGAGGGUGAAGGUGCUCGUUGAUGGGCCGUACGGUGGACCUGGGCAUGCGGUCAUUGCUAGCUUUUCGGCGGCGCUUCUGGUCGCGGGCGGAAGCGGCAUCUCGUAUCCCCUCGCUGUUGCCGAAGAGCUGUUGCGCGACGCAUCGUACGGCGCAAGUCGCGUCAGGCUCAUCAACCUUAUCUGGAGCGUACAAGACUCUUCCUCCCUCGAUCCCAUAUUACCCGACUUCGCCCGGCUCCUCGACAACGCGCGCGAGACAGGCAUCCACCUCCGCAUCCAAGUCUUCCACACCCGCGCCACCAGCUCCGCCGAGCCGAAGCCCGCCUCCCCCUCCGCGCGAUUCCUCCCGCAGGGCCUGACCCUCCGCUCGGGGCGCCCACCGCUCGAGAGCCUGCUCUCGAGUGUCGUCGACCGCACCCUCGAGGUGCACAAGGCGUCGGACGCGUGGACGCCGCGGCGCGGCGCGCAGGAGCGCAGCAGCCCGAGCGGCGUGGUCGUCGGCGUGUGCGGGCCGCGUGCGCUCGGCGAGGACGUGGAGAGGAUCGUGCAGACUUUUGCCGCGCGGGAGGAGCGCGCGGGGAGCGUGGGUGGUGUGGAGUGUCAGGUGGAGGUGUUCGGGUGUUGAGGGCUGCGCGGGGUGGUGAUGCGAUGUGU